GGAAAACCCAAAUGUUAGUGGGUUCAGAAAACCUCUCCGAGACCACAAUUCGGCCCUUACACUAUUUUUCUAAAUUGACCUAUGUGACCAGUGACACCCUUCAUCCGACAUCUUUGAUAAACUUCAACCCUUCCGUCCCUGUGAAAUUCUUGGUUGAAGCAUUGCAAGAUUAUGGAUCGUAUGCAUUUCCAUCACAACCAAUUUUGUUUUUGCUUAUCUUACAAAAUUAUUAGACAUUUAUGGGGCACAGCGCCAGGCCAAUUAAUCGUGGGGUUCUAAAAUUGUUGACGGAAGUCUAGUCUUUUUUGUCUCAUACUUUCGACGGUAUGAAAAGUGAUUCACACAACCACUUCACCAUGUCGGCAAAAAAUGCUUUCUUCCCGUGGCCCAUAAUUCAGCACGAAACUAAAAGUGGAUCCUUAUUUCCACGAGCACACGGCCCAGACUCUGAAAUCCAUGGAAAACCGUCUCAAACGGCGUUGAAGAAUGACCAAUCUCUCGCCCAAAUGUUUGCCUCCGCCCUCAAAAGAAGGACUUUUAUUCCGAAGCACCCGUCAUUUUUUACCGGAGCAAGGUCCGGAUGACUUUUCGAGCCCUGGAUGAAAUUUCGAGCCGGAUGGCGAAAGCGAUCGCGAGAAUUAUUGAAGAGUCGAAAGGUAUGGUCAGAAAUUUAUAAAUUUCACAAAACUUCACUUUCUUCUUUCUCCAGCAACUCCAAACUCCGAUGGGGACACGGUCCUCGCUUUUUUGUUGAAUGAAGACUCCUGGGACGAGAAAGUGAUCACCUUGAUUUUCGCCACAAUUAAAUUGGGCAUCACUUACAUGGCGUUGUCGCCAACCAGUCACCCCAACGACCUCGGCUGGGCGUUGAACGUAAUAAAACCUGUCCUCCUCAUUGACUCCAUGGCACUUCCGACCGACUUGAAGGCCACACUGGACACGAUCUCGAAGGACAUGAGCAACAACCGGAUAACUUUCGAAGACUUGUGGGAUCUGGCGAGGAAAGAUAACGUGACGCUGGAUAAGGACGAAGGGAUCGCUAUGGACAUGAACGACCCUGAGGUUUGGGGCGGCAUUCCACAGAAUCAGAGGAUUGUCAGCAUCUUUUUCACGUCGGGGUCGUCUGGGUCGCCGCAUGCUGUCAGGAUCGGGGGAAAGGAAAUAAUAAACCGAAUUCACUGGCAGUCCAAAAUUUUCCCCAUCGUUCCCUCUGACGCUUUCGCCAUCACAAGUCCACUCACCGAUCCGCGUUCCCUCGUCCAAAUCCUGACGCCCCUUUUGUCUGGAAAACCGGUCACGCUCCUCUCUCGAACUGACCUCUUCUCUCCGGAUCUCCUCAUGAAUCGGAUCGCAGAAGUGAAACUCACCCGAGUCACGUUGACCCCACCCUGUUUCGAAGCUCUGAUGAAUUACGUCUCGAAAAAUCCUAGAGACAAGGACAAACUUGCUUCCGUGACGCAUUGGUUCGUUAGCGGGGGCCGGCUGAAGGUGGAAGCUGGGAGAAAAUUCUUUUCCAAUUUUUCCGGUGUGUACAAAUCCGGCGUGUUUUUGGUUGCGUUUUACGGUAUGACGGAAACAUUGGGGGAGGCGACGUUUGAAGUGUUUUUCAACGUGGAAGACCUCAACAAGAAGGUUGCUCCGGGGUUGGGAACGCUUUCAAUGGGGGUUCCGAUCACCAAUUCAUCUGUCGCCAUUUUGGACCGCUUCGAUAAAACUGUGCCAGUUGGUGGACGAGGUGAAAUUGCACUGUCAGGGGGAUGUUUGCCAAGUGGAGGGUACGUGGGGCAAGGUCGUAAAGAUGGGAAGUCGCCAGAUAACCAGACAAACUCUAAAGCCGAACUACACAAGCGCCACAUCCUCUUCCGUACUGGUGACAUUGGUCGCAUUCUUGUCGACCCAAGUGGAGUGAAACGUCUCCACUUUGAGGGCCGAUUUGACAAUGAGGUCAUCCAAACUGGCGGAGAGUCCGUAAACCUCCGUCAAAUUCAAGGGGAAGUGAUGAGCACGAAUUUAGUCACGGACGCCACCGUGGUCGCAUAUCAUCGCGGGAGGGACACUCAAGUUAUCAUUGCUGCCGUCGUGCUUCGCCCAGAAAUGACGUGCGUCCAAGUUCUUGGGAAACUUCACACGCGAAAACAACUCCUCGGCGCCAAGAACUCGACCAACAUCCUUCCCACAGUUUUCGCCAUUGACAAGAUUCCACUCAUGGAAAACGGUCGCGUGGACAAGAAACAGGUGCGAAUCCUGUUUCGAAAAAUUCUCCUCGAGUGUGACCCAGCCGAGUGGAAAACGCUACACCGAGACGAAGACGGGGAAACGGUAAGGUUUUUAUGCAGAGCGAUCGCCCUGAGUACCGGACUGCCUUUGAUCCUCGUCGUGCGAAGAUUUACCAAGAGUUUCGCAGAACUGGGAGGAACAAGGGUCAAUGCAAUCAUUGUGGUGAAGAUGUGCAAUGAUAAUGGAUACCCGAUCACAAUGAAAGAUUUCAUCACUGCGAAAACAAUCGCUGACUUGGCGGAUGUGCUCAAUCAGUCGAAAAAGCAACCGAUUUUGCUGGAUUCGAAUAACGAUCUGGCAGCGGUACCUCCAACACCGUCACGCCUGCGGAACGACUUCGAUGGAAAAUUUUCGUUUGAAGUCAUGUCUGUGGAUGAGAUACAGAAAGUGACGCUGUUUUUGAAGAAUGAUUUCCCAUCUCAUUUGCUGGUCAAUCCUCAAGGGGUGCUGAAAUAUUGGAGAGGUGUGGUUGACAGUGUGUCAGACUUCAAAAUGUGCAUUGUGGCCAAAUAUGGCAUCAACAUUGUCGGCGUUGCCAUAAAUGGAGAUGCCCAGCACAAAAUUCUAACUCCGAAACCACCCAAAGAAAUCCGAUACGGGUUGGAACUGCUCAAUUCGUGUUUGGACAUGUCAAAAUACGAAAUGUGGCGAAAGUCUAGUGGUCACGUAGCGCGGUGCUACUUUCUCGGGGUGACGUCCUCCUCAAACAUUUCACCCGGAGAGAAAGUCGUCCUCGUCGAAGAGUUGUUGGCAAAAAGCUGCAACCUCGCGAAAUCAGGAAAUUUCGCAUCUUUCGUAAUCACAACGGCAAAUCCGGUUGUGCAGGAAACUGCCAUUCAUCUCUUAAAAUUCCGACCCAUUCUCGAAUAUCCCGUCUCCCGUUUCCGAUCUCGCGAUGAAACGAGACCCUUCCUCUACGCGGAUGAUAACCACACUGCUUCCGUACUUAUCAAGGAUACUGGUCAUUAUGGACCCUUGAAGGAUGACGAUAACCUUGACGGACCUUCAGUCUCCGUCUAUUCUACCGAGUCCAAAUCCAUUGCUACCACAAAAUCGAGCACUUUGGGAGACUCUUCCAUGUCAAAGUCGCGUUCUACCUUGAUGUCACUUAUGUAAUUAAAAUACGACAAAGCUCAAUAAAAUUUUAUGUAUGUAUUUA